UGAUUUAACACUUAUUAACCAGUUGAUGCUCUUUGUCUCCUUUCUUCAAUCAGAGUUAAAAGAUGUGGAGGAGUCAGCGCCGCCUUUCCCUGAUCUGGAACACAGACUGCAGCCGGUGUCUCCCUGCUCCUCUCUGAGAGAGUCAGUCCAGGUUUACAGGGACCACUGUAAGAUGGCCAAGGAGCUCCACCAGGUCAAACACCAGAUCUCGCUGCUCGAGGACCGCAAGCGUGAGCUGCUGGCAGAGCUGGCGGGGGACGAGUUUGUUGCCGUGGAAAUGGCCUGUCUGGAGGAUGAGUUCCGUGUCCUGUCGGAGGAGAACGCCACGCUGCUCAACGUCCACACUGAGCGAGCUCAGCAACUGGAGACGCUCAGCUCCACCAAUCGGAAUCGGACAAGCCAGGACAGCUCCUCCACGUGACCCCCUUGAACUCGACUUGACCCCGAGAGACGAUGACCUCGCUCGAGACCUUCAAACCGACGCUACGGCCCGUAUUCCAAAAGUGCUGAUCUAGGAUCAGUUCCCCUCUGUUCAUAUAUUCAUAUUUAUUAAGAUCUAAAAAUGCCAAACUGAUCCUAAAUCAGCACUCUUGCUCUGAGCCUCAACGUGGAUAUGGGUCCCUGAAAACAUUACUACCGAUAGCUGUCAAAUCCUUGCUUCAUCUGUCCUUGUUUCCUUAUCUCCUUUCUAAGAGUGUUUUGUUUCCUUAUCUCCUUUUCUAAGAGCAAAGGAGAAGAGGAUACAAGGUCCCUCGUUUGGGACCUUCUCUUCCAAUGCACUUUGAGAGGAACUUACGGACCAGGGUUUGGGGCCAAUUCUAUUUCAAUUCCAAUGAUGGGUUUCUGAUUUCUAAACUUUAAAAAAAUAUAUUGUUAAUCAUCAGUUAUACUAGAGACACGAGGAGUGUCAUAGUCUGGUUUCUACACCAGAAGUUAAUGGGUAUCUGUAGGAGUAAUGUAUAAGGUUGGAGUCAAGAAAGGUUAAAUAGGAGCCAGGGGGCUUUGGGAGGUGCUGAGUAGAGGAGAGGCAAUCGCAUGAUUAUGGCGGAGAGCUGUGGAUUAGUAAAGAAUGUAGAGGUCAGGUCAGGUCACAUUAAGGGAGAAGGAACUGUGCGUUGCCCGCAUGACUUUACUUCCUGUCUAGUAUAAAGAUGUUUAGAGAGAAGCACAUAAGACUUUGUCUUAUACAGCUGCACUGACCCAAUGGGUGAAUAAACUUGGUUUAAGUUUGACUAAUCGUCCGUGAGUUUUACUAUCUAACUGGAGUCGAUUCAGGAAGUACACUGAAAUCCUAACUCGAAUUCCUCUUCUUUGCGUUUCAAUGAGCGCAAUUUGGAAUUUUCAAUGAGCGGAACUUUCUCAAUUGACCGGAACUCAAAUGGAAUGAAUCCCAACCCUGCUAAGGAAACAAGGACAGAGGAAGCAAGGACCUAGUAGUAGUAGUAGUAGUAGUAGUAGUAGUAGUAGUAGUAGUAGUAGUAAUAAUAGUAGUAGUAGUAGUAGUAGUAGUAGUAGUAGUAGUAGUAGUAGUAGUAGUAGUAGUAAUAGUAGUAGUAGUAGUAGUAGUAGCAGUAGUAGUAAUAAUAGUAGUAGUAGUAGUAGUAGUAGUAGUAGCAGUAGUAGUAGUAGUAGGCUCUGUGAGUCUCUGGGCUUGUGGAGACAUACAGGUGGUGUGAUGUGGUCCAAAAUGUUUUCAGGGGGGGCUUCCCCACUCUCUCUCCCCCCCCUUUCCUCUCCCCUCCAUGGAUCUAAAGGAUCCCCAUCAGUUCCCCAGGUUCAUACUAUACCACCCAGGAUCAACUCUGAGUUGAUGAUUCUGUAUGAGGUAGAAAUGCAAUACACUGUAAGACAUAUGGAUGUUGUGGAGCGAACUCAAUAGAUAUUCUGUAGUGAAAUAAUGGUAGCGUGGACAAAAUAAAUCAAUUGUAUUUGUUAAUAAAAGAAGGAGUGGGGUUUGUGAGAAUGA